AUGCCGCUAUACAAACGCAAAGUCACCGUGUCUGAUGGGGAGAUCACCAACGCAGCCCAUCUCACAUUGAGACAGUCUUUGUUGCCAAAUUGCCUGGUGACGAUCCUCUUCUUCCUUUGGGGUUUCGCGUACGGUCUCUUGGAUGUCUUGAACAGCCACUUCCAAACCACGCUGAACAUCACCGCUUCGCGGUCUUCUGGCCUCCAAGCCGCGUAUUUUGGCGCAUACUUCCUCUGCCCUCUGACGAUUUCGGGAUGGAUCUUGCGACGCUUUGGCUUCCGGGUCACGUUCAUGACCGGACUCGCAGUCCUUACCGUCGGAUGUCUUCUCUUCUGGCCCAGCGGCGUCAAGAAGUCCUUCGGCGGCUUCUGCGGUAGCAUGUUCGUGGUUGGGAUGGGACUUUCGACGUUGGAGACGGCCGCCGACCCAUUUCUUGCAAUCUGCGGACCUCCACGAUACAGUGAAAUCCGCUUGAAUCUGGCUCAGGCCGUCCAGGGUGUCGGCAGCUUCGUCGCCCCAUUGUUGGCCAGCAGGGUGUUCUUCGCCCAUACCGUCGAUACCGACCAGGGAUUGAAAAACGUUCAAUGGACGUAUCUUGGCGUGGCAUGCUUUGUCGCCUUGCUUAUCAUCCUUUUCAUCCUGGCUCCCUUCCCUGAGAUCACUGACGCGGAUAUGCAGAACCAAGAACAUGUCAUUGCAGAAUACAAUCCUGGACCACUCCGGAAGCAAUACACGCUCUUUCUUGGUGUCUGGUGUCAGUUCUGCUAUGUCGGUGCCCAAGUCGCUGUGGCGGGUUACUUCAUAAACUUUGUAAAAGAGACUGGCCGAUCCGCAGCUAAGGCGUCCGACCUUCUGGCUGCGGCCCAAGGAAUCUAUGCGGCAAACCGUUUCAUUGCCGGCUUUCUCCUGAUGAUCCCUGCUGUCAAGCCCCGGUACAUGCUGAUCGGGUACCUGGGAAUGUGCUGCGUACUGGCACUCGUCGCGGCGCUGACCCGUGGGACCACAUCCGUGGCGUUCCUGAUGUUGGUGUUCAUUUUCGAGUCGUCUUGUUUCGCCAACAUCUUCACAUUAGCACUGCGCGGACUCGGCAGGCACACCAAGCGCGGAGGCAGCUGGCUUGUCGCUGCCAUUUCAGGUGGGACAGUCUGGCCCAGCAUGACGGGAGCCGUGGUCACGGCACACAAUGCUCACAUGGCCAUGCUCAUCCCGAUGACCGGUUACAUUGUCGGCAUGGUGUUUCCGAUCUAUAUCAAUCUUAUCCAGCGGGAGAGAAUGGAUAUGCAUCGCGCCACGACGGUCGGUAUUGUAGCGGCGAAUGAAAAGGAAGUUGAGCUUGAGAGGAACCCAAGUCUCGCGGAUAAGCCCCAGGCUGUAGAAAUCCAAGAGGCAGAUUUGAAGUGA